AUGUCGUUUAACAGAGAUGAAGACCUAAAAUUAAAAUUUAAAACAUCAAAAAAACUAAAAGUUUCUCCGACUUUUGAGAGUAUGAAUCUAAAAGACGACUUACUUCGAGGAAUAUACUCAUACGGGUUUGACGCACCAUCCUCGAUCCAAUCGAGGGCCAUUACACAAAUUAUUUCGGGUAAGGAUGUUAUUGCGCAAGCACAAUCAGGUACCGGUAAAACGGCCACUUUUACGAUUGGCCUUUUACAAGCAAUUGAUUUGAGGAAAAGGGAUUUGCAAGCUUUGAUAUUGUCUCCAACACGUGAGUUAGCAAGCCAAAUUGGACAGGUAGUGAAAAAUUUGGGCGAUUAUAUGAAUGUUAAUGCAUUUGCCAUGACAGGUGGUAAGACUUUGAAAGAUGAUUUGAAGAAAGUGCAAAAACAUGGCUGCCAAGUCGUUAGUGGAACACCAGGAAGAGUACUAGACAUGAUCAAAAGGCAAAUGUUGCAGACAAGGAAUGUUCAAAUGUUAGUUCUAGAUGAGGCUGAUGAAUUAUUAAGUGAGACUCUGGGUUUUAAACAACAGAUAUAUGAUAUCUUUGCUAAAUUGCCCAAAAACUGUCAAGUUGUUGUUGUAAGUGCAACAAUGAAUAAGGACAUCUUAGAAGUAACCAGAAAAUUUAUGAAUGAUCCGGUUAAAAUCCUGGUAAAGCGGGAUGAAAUAUCACUUGAGGGUAUCAAACAAUAUGUCGUCAACGUUGACAAAGAAGACUGGAAAUUCGAUACUCUGUGUGAUAUAUACGACUCUUUAACGAUUACACAAUGUGUCAUAUUUUGUAAUACAAAAAAAAAAGUAGAUUGGUUAUCUCAGCGGCUAAGUCAAUCCAACUUUGCAGUAGUUUCCAUGCAUGGUGAUAUGAAACAAGAGGAAAGAGAUAAAGUAAUGAAUGAAUUUAGGACAGGUCAUUCUCGUGUACUAAUAUCAACGGAUGUUUGGGCACGUGGUAUUGAUGUUCAACAAGUUUCUUUGGUCAUCAAUUAUGACCUGCCAGAAAUAAUAGAAAAUUACAUCCAUCGUAUCGGUAGAAGUGGUCGAUUUGGUAGAAAAGGUGUGGCUAUAAACUUCAUCACUAAAACUGACUCAGCAAAGCUGAGAGAAAUCGAAAAAUUUUACUCUAUCAAAAUAAAACCAAUGCCAGCAAAUUUUGCAGAAUUAUCAUAA